AUGAGACCGUCAACAAUAAUUUAUGGCGCCCUCGUGGCUGCAACCAAGGUCCGAGCACAAGCCAAGCAACCGCCUGCUACACUCCCAUCCAUCAACUCGUUCACUUCUCAAGGUUGCUUCUCUUCCUCGGGCAACAUGACCUUGCAUUCUCCCAUUUCCGCUGAGAGAAUGUCCUCCGCUGCCUGCAAUAACGCGUGCAAGGAUGACGGUUUCUGGCUGUCUGGUUUACAUGGAGGAUCGUGCUAUUGUGGAUACGCCCUGCCUCCACAAAAGGACUUGGUUUCCGACAGCAAAUGCAACGUCGGCUGCACCGCAUAUCCUCUCGAGGCUUGUGGUGGCAAGGACGCUUACUCGGUUUACAAUGUCGGCAUCGAACUCCAAGUCCCCACGUAUGACCCGUCAUCCACCACCUCCAGCACUACAGCAAUGACUAGCAGCAAAACCACCAGCUCCGCAUCUCCGACGUCCAACGGUGCCACAUCUACUUCAGACGUACCUGCCACUGUUACCGCGACGACUACCUCUCCUCCCGAGCCCUCUGAGCCUGCAAAAAAGAGCGGGCCUAAUGUGGCCGCCAUCGUCGCUGGUGUUGUUGUCGGCGUCGUCGCUGCUGCUGCUGCUAUCGCUGGCAUUGUCUUCUUCAUGAGACGCAAGCGCAACGCCGAGAUUGAAGAAGAACAUCGUCGAAACGCGGCAGUCAAUGCUUUUAUCAGCGGCUCAAAGCCGCCAAGCAGCCACGGCAGUAUUUCCAUGACCGACUCCCGGUUGGAUCCUGUCAUGGCUCACAGGAGAAUGAGCGACGGCAGCAUUGCUGACAAUGAGGACUAUUCGCGAAGAAUCUUGAGGGUCACCAACGCAUGA